UCUUGCCUGUAUAUAAAAUGAUUAACCUGGUGGCAAAAUCUGCCAGAUGUGCACGUUUGAUCACUCAUAAACCAAUCGUUGUCAGAAGUACUCUGGUUGCGUCCCAGUAUAGAUUCUACAGUGAGAAAAAGGACGAGAAAAAACCUGACUCCAUCUUGGACGAGGACCUUCUUGCCAAAGCGGGCAUUGAUUCAGACCCUAAAAUACAAUCAAAAGAAGAGCCUAAAAGGCACGAGCCUCAAGAAGACGAGUUUGGUCAACCUAGAAAAAGAAGAAACAACGUUAAGUCCUCUUUGGAUAAGAAGAAAGAAAGACUGGCCAAAUUGUUUUGGUUCUCUGUUCUAGGAACCGCUUUGGCUGGAGGAAUCUACAACUCCAGAGACUGGGAUCCAGAAGAAGAUAAAGAGCUUUACAACUCUGAAGAGAAUGGGUUGAAUCCAGUUAAUGUGUGGACUAGAUUCAAGAAGAGAAUGUGGGGAGUUACAAACGUGUUUUCCGAGCCAGCGUUCACCGAUCUUCUUCCACCUCCCCCUCCUGCCCCUUACAGACACCCAUUGACAUUGGUGUUAGAACUUGAUGAUCUGCUUAUUCAUGCCGAUUGGGACCACAAAAAAGGUUGGAAGACUGCCAAGAGGCCGGGGGUUGAUUACUUUUUGGGCUACCUCUCCCAAUACUACGAAAUUGUGAUCUUCUCUAGAUCUUCCAUGGCUUUUGCGGAAACAGCAGUUGCUAAGCUAGACCCAUAUCAUGCUUUCAUUUCCUACUCUUUGUUCCGGGAGGCUUGCAGAACCAAAGAUGGAAAAGUGAUCAAAGAUUUGAGCUUGAUGAACAGGGAUUUGGGAAAACUGAUCAUUAUUGAUCCAGAUGAAUCAUGCUACUCGAUGCAGCCUGAAAAUGCCAUCCCUAUUGAUAAAUGGGAUGGCAAAAAAGACGAUAAGCUUGUUAGAUUGAUUCCUUUCCUUGAAUAUCUUGCCACGCAGCCAAUCAAGGAUGUCAGGCCUGUUUUGGCGUCAUUCAAAGACAAAAAGAAGAUCCCUGAAGAGUUUGCUGAGAGAGAGGCAAAGUUGAGACAACAAUGGGAGAAAGAACAAAAGCAAAUCAAUGGCUCCACCCUUACCUCCUCAUUGCUUGGUAUUUCCCAAAUGAGACCUAGAAAGAUGCCUUUGGAUCUCAUAAGAGAACACGGGCAGAAGAACUACCUUCACAUGUACAAUUAUUUGAAGGAGAAUGGAGAGAAAUUGUUGCAAGAAGAGCAACAGAAAACGAAAGAGCUAUUGGCCGAUCAAAAGUUGACUUUGGAGAAGAUCUUCACUGAGGGGAUGCCAACCGCGGAGGACAUCGCUAAGCAGCAGGCCAUUCAGGCCGCUCAAGAUGGACAGGCUCCAGCAAAACGAUAACUGUUAUGAAUGAGUAUGACCAGAUAUGUCUAUGUGCGUUUUGUAUAUUGGAAUCUCUAGUAUUUACCAAGAGCCAGGCUCUUAAUUAGUUCGUAUGCAAUACUUCCUUCCAUUGGAAGAGAAACGUCAUCAAGUUCCCCGCCAUUCAAAAGGGUUUUGAUAUCGUCAACAUCAAACCAUCUACAAUCGGCCAGUUCGUUAUCCAACUCUGUGUUGAUAACUUCAUUAACUCCAUCGAAGUGAACAAUGCCAAAACAACCAAUCAUCAAAUUCGCAGGGAAUGGCCAAGGUUGACUUGCAGCUAUCUUGACUUCCCGCGCAGAACAUCCAGUCUCUUCCCAGAUUUCUCUGAGUGUGGACUCUUCUAUGGUUUCACCUGGCUCCAUAAACCCAGCAAUACAAGAGAACAUUCUCUUACCGUUAGGACCAGCAGGAUGUCUUUGAUUGUUCCCCAAAAGGAUUUUUUUCCCAUCAGAAGAUACAGCGCCCACGAUGAUGACCGGAUCUGUACGAGGGAAGCAGACAUUACUCACAGCAGAGCUUUUCACAGGACACUCUUCUUUGGGAGUUUUGCAUAAGAGUCUUGUUCCAGCAUCCACUGGAAUCACUUGCCGCCCACAGCCAGGACAGAACUUGUUUCUCAUAAGCCAAUCCAUAUACAUUUUGGAAUACGCAAAUAAAGAAGACUCGUUUUUGGACACUGUAAGAAUACUCAUCAUGUUGUUGACAGUUUUCACAUCUUCGAAGGAUGACAGAUAGGUUUGGAAUUCCUGACAUUGUGUGACAUCAACUGCAUAGUACGGAGUCCCCUGAAAUUUGUCGUACUUAAACUGAGGGUACUCUUUCAGCUUAUAGGAGUUUGGAUAUAUGAAAGAGCCGCUCAAAGAGUUGUCGUUGAAGAGGUAUUUUUCAUCCAAUCCGUCUUCAUCGAGACCCAGAAAGACUAGCGUAACAUCGUCUCUUAAAUCAUUCGCUUUCUUUGAAUUCUUCAUACUCCAGUCAUGAAGAAUUCGAAUCAAUUGUGAGGGAAGAGUAUUCAGUUGCAAAUUCAGCAUGCCAAACUUGCCGUCUCUUUGAAUCAUAUAAGGAUGAAUUCCAUUUUUGCCAUCCUGUUUAUAAAAUACUAAACGUGCGGGGGAAAGGGGAUCGAGAAUGGUCUUGGAGAUAAAAUCAUCGUUGGUUCGUAAGAAUGAAAACCUAUUGAGAGUUGUAGUCGUUCCAAAAAAGAUAUCCGUCAUGCCCCUCUUUCUUUUAAAUCCUCUAACAAAAUUCAAAGAACGAAAUACUUUAUCUAUG